AUGUUCGCAUUGUUGAAAGAAGGAUCAAAAAACACAAAAGGACUACACCACCCAUGGCAAAGAACCAUAAAAGACGUUCACAUCAACGAUAUUCAGACAGCUCAUAACUGUAUAAAUAAUCCACAUUAUCCCAAAAAAGGAGAAAAUAUCCCGAAUAAAGAAAAUCGCGUAGCGUUUACAAUAAUAGGCGAUAGAGUGAACAAGAACUUUAUCCACUGUGUUAAUUUAGUGAAAGGUUUGCAUAAGUAUCGCAGCAAACUAUUUGCCGCACCUAUAAUAAAAGGUUUGACCACGGUGGAAUGGCCAAAAGUUUGGAACGAUCUGAAGCUGCAACAUGGAGGGAUAGCGUACUGUCUGCAGACUCCAGUGGCUGUCAUGUUAAACGAUAAAUUCCUUGGAGGCGAAACUGAAUUGAAAGAAAUAUUAGAAGCACGAUAUGAUUAUCACCUUAGUUUAGAUUAUUAUCGAGAAGGAAUUGACAAUUUUGUAAAUUAUGUCAGGUCUUCUGGGAGACCAUGUGCCUACAUGCAUAUCUCGAUAAACUGCGAAUCUACAGGGACCUUGAUUUUUAUGCUUUAUGCAGAUAUAGUUCCAUACACAUGUGAAAAUUUCCUACGUCUUUGUGAAAGUAAGAGAGGUGGUUACGCUGGUACUCCAGUCCAUCGCAUCGUAAAAGAUGCAUGGAUACAGUGCGGGGGGUUUGGACUUAAGAGUACCGAUUUGGACUGCGAAAAUUUUAUUAUUCCUCACGACAGACGUGGUGUACUUUGUAUGGCUAACGAAGAAAGACAUGUGGACUGUUCUACGCAAUUUUUCGUUCUUCUACAACCAGCAACCUGGAUGGCUCACAAGUACGUCGCCUUCGGACAAUUAAUCGACGGAGAGUCCACACUAAAGGCGAUCGAAACUGUGCCAACGUUUUAUGAAUCUCCUACAGUUUCUAUUCAGAUCGAAAAAGCGGGUGUACUCAAUUUAGAAUGUCAUGGCAUAAGAGUCAGUAAAAGUACAAAUGAAUAUAUACAAGGGCACAUUGAAGAUCUUAUAGCUUUGGGUGAUUUACUUUUAGAGGAACUUAUAGAAAAAGUAUUUCUGGAACUAGAAUUGAAGCGUGUAAUACAGCUCGAAAUGGAAAAUGGUGAAGCUGAACAAAGUGUUGAAGUAAAUGAGGAAGAUUCAGAUAGAAUUCGAGCUACGGAAAGAUUUCUUCGUAAAAAGGAGGAUUUAGAGAAACUGCAAAAAAGUCAGACCUAUACUAGUAGAGCAUCUUCUGCUGUGAGUGAUGUAAAUAAAAUAAAUAAUGAUUUUGAUGUAGAUGAAUAUGAACCAGAAGAAUAUUCAUAUCAACAUGUAUCGAUAGCAGGAACAGCACAGAAUAGUGUUGUUGUGAAGCCGGAAAAACCGUUUUACAUCCCGCUAACAGACGUGCCUUACCCCGGUGAAAAAGAUUCUACAUUCGAUCUUAAGAAAUUACUGCGCGGUGACUAUUGUCUCGAAAGUGAUUUGUUAAGCGUUAAGCGCAAAAAAUUCAUUGGACAACAUAUAUCGUACAUAUCAGACAUCUACAGAUGUGAUGACCAGUCUGACAACGUAUCACUUGAAUCACUAUCCUCAGCUGAUGAACAAGAGAUCCGAAGAUAUUUAAAACUUAAUGUUGACCGCGUGAGCUUCGCUGGCAGUGUUAUAAGAAACAUCGCGAGGGGCAUCGCAAAAGUGAACAUCUUCGAAGACUCACGAAAAUCUGAAUUAAUCACCGAUGAAGAGCUUAGAAGAUUCAGAAUAGCUUCAAUGGAUCACCGAAGCAGAGAGGAAAAGAAAGUAUCUAUAUGUUCGAACACACUUAAAACAAAGGAACCAUCCAAGAUAAAAAGACGACAGACAGGUUUUGUCCGUCCCGAAGACUUGGAAAAAAUCUACCUAAUAAGUCAAGCAAAUUCGAGAGCCAUUGAAGUAGAAGAUGAAGAAUCCGUGACUUCUAUUACAGGAGCUCGCAAAGUACGUAUAGUAGAGUCGGCAAAAAAAGUCACGGUACUAACACAAAAUCUGAAGAUCCAACGCAAACCAACGGGAUACGUCCAACAAACAGACUCCGACACACAAGUCCGCAGACAAUCAGCUUUAUCCAGACUGUACGAUAACAUGCCUGACUACAUGGAUAUCGAUGAGGAAGGACCUACUCUGAGAGACUAUAGAUCACCUUCAAUAAAAGUUGUAGAUAAAAAUUACAUGUUAACACAAUCAGCCCCUAUGAGUCGUAAGCAAUUUUCCGAAGAAGAUUUAUCUAAAGAGCAUCACUUACGACAAUCGAUUACAAUUGAAGACAGCUCUAUCGAGCAAGUAUUUAAUUUACAACAUAACAAAAAAUUUGCUCGUAAAGUUUCGUCCGAUUACGUAAAAACGAUUGAUCAAAUCGAACAUAAACUUGAAAGCUCAAUUCGGAGUGUGGAAUUUGCGCGAACCCGGCCUUCGAUGUCCGUUUCGGAAUACCAGCAGAAGAAUAUGAAACAUCUAGCGACGAUUAAAAAAACAAAAGCUUCAUCGUCAAAAUACCCUAGUGAUACAUACGGGUUACGCCUACCGGGAGAUACACCUCUAUACUCAAUGACAGAUAUGGAAUGUCAAAAGAACUGACGCUAUUUCGAUGUUUCGGUUUUUGAAUUAUCGUUAUCUAA